UACACCUUGCACAUUUCUUGUUGUCGAUAGUUCUCAUCGCUACCAGUAGGGGGUGAGUAAGGUGUCGGGAUAAACUAAACAUGGCUGCCUCAACGUGGCUUUUGAGAAGAGCGCUUGUUGGGUCCCGUGGUGUAUCAUAUCACAUAAAAAAGCUACCUAACACUUUAAAGGCAUUGAGAUUGUGUUCGUCUAGCUCCAGUGCAGGAAGACCCCAACAUGAAUACCAAGACAAGCCAAGAUUUCCAGGCGCUUUGAACUCAUAUUACACAGAAAAAUUGGAAUUUGAUGAUCCAGACGAUGGAGAAGCCAUCCCGGUCUAUCGUGUCAUGGAUCGAAAUGGAAAAGUCUUUAACGAAGCCCAUGACCCCAAGCUUGACAAAGAAACAAUAAAAAACAUGUACAAGCAGAUGACUCUCUUGAAUACCAUGGACCGUAUCCUCUACGAGUCACAAAGACAGGGAAGGAUAUCAUUUUACAUGACAAACUAUGGUGAAGAAGCCACUCACUUUGGAAGUGCUGCAGCUCUUCUGCCUGAAGAUGUGGUGCUUGGUCAGUACCGUGAAGCUGGUGUCUUAAUGUGGAGAGGUUUCACUUUAGAUGACUUCAUGAAUCAAUGUUAUGCCAAUCAGCAUGACUUUGGGAAGGGUAGACAGAUGCCUGUUCAUUAUGGCUCAAAGAACCUUAACUUUAUCACAAUUUCAUCCACUCUGGCAACUCAGAUGCCUCAAGCAUCUGGAUAUGCAUAUGCUGUAAAGCGAGCAGGCACUGGAAAUUGUGUCAUCUGCUACUUUGGUGAAGGAGCAGCAAGUGAAGGAGAUGCCCAUGCUGCCUUUAACUUUGCUGCAACUCUUGAAGCUCCUGUCAUUUUCUUCUGCCGCAACAAUGGUUAUGCCAUAUCUACUCCAACAGGUGACCAGUACAGAGGGGAUGGAAUUGGUAAUUGUUAUCGGGGUUAUGGAAUGAAGGCAAUUCGUGUGGAUGGAAAUGAUGUCUUUGCUGUGUACAAUGUCACUAAAGCAGCUCGGAAAAUUGCAGUCGAACAGUCACAACCAAUCAUGGUGGAAGCCAUGACUUACAGAAUUGGUCAUCACAGCACUAGUGAUGAUUCCUCUGUGUACCGCUCUCUAAAAGAAGUCAAUUAUUGGGACAAGGAGGACCAUCCCAUUGGAAGGCUGAGACAUUACAUGGAAAACAAAGAGUGGUGGAAUAGUAAAAUGGAGGAGGAAUGGAAACGAGAGGCACGCCAACAGGUUAUGGCAGCAUUUUCAAGAGCUGAGAAGGCACUCAAACCUCCAGUCGAGGAGAUGUUCAGUGAUGUAUAUGACACACUUCCUUCCCGUUUGAAGAAACAGUAUAAGGAGUGUAUGGAUCAUGUGGCAAAAUACCCUCAUGAGUACCCAACAGAACUUUAUCAGCCUGACAAAUGAUAUAAUAGGCUAAGGUGUAAUUUGUAAAUUUGAAUGGAUUUGAUGAAGGAGCUGUUAGAAAUAGAAUUUGAGAAGCAAAUAAAUGACGGUACUGCCUGCUAACUGAGUUAAA